AUGCACACACGGGAGAGAGUGACGGCGCUCGUCGUCGGGGUGCUCGUGCUGUUGGCGGCGGGCACCGUCUAUUGCUACGGGGUGUACCUGCCCCAGUUGAUGGCGCAUCUUGGUUUAACGGCUCUGGACCUGGCUACCAUUGGUCUCGCGACUAAUCUAGGGCUGGGGUGUGGUGGUCUCCCCGGUGGAUUUGUCAUUGAUCAUUUUGGCCCGCAAAAAGCGAUAAUAUUGGCGGCGGGCGGUAUCUUUGGUGGUUACCUUUUGGUGUACUAUUUCUAUAGCCACGUCAUUGCUACCGUGUUAGGGAUAUGUGUGGCGAUGGCUGCCGUUGGUUUUGGUUCCAUUACCUCCUAUUUCUCGUGUUUGAAAGCCGCCCAGGCCAAUUUCCCUCGUCAUCGCGGUGCUGCUGGUGCUCUACCAGUAUCUGCCUAUGGUCUUUCUGCCACGGUAUUUUCCGCUAUUGCGACGUUAUGGUUUGAUAAUGAUACCGGCGGUCUCCUUAAGUUCUUUGCCUGUUUCUGUGGCGCCAUCACCUUAAUUGGUCUGGCGUUUGUCCACGUCUACCUCGACCAAGAAGACGAGGAUACCCUUGGUCAGCCCUCCGCUGCUACCACUACAUCGCACCCCAAUGAGGCUGGUACCUAUUGGGCUCUCGAUAGUGCCCCCGUGCUGGAGACGAGUACGUUGGCUGACCAGGAACAACAAGCUCCUAAGAAACACUCGCAUAACCCGAUUGAGGUGGUUAAGAGACGGUUAACGAAUAAACUCUAUUUGACCCAUUUCUUAACGGUGUCUCUCGCCGCGGGGAUUGGCCAGAUGUACAUUUAUUCCGUCGGUUAUAUCGUCCAGGCCCAGGCGUGGUACGAUGACGACGCCACCGAUGUCCACAAGAUCCAGGCAUUACAAGUGCUGAUCAUUUCAAUCUCAUCGUUUUUGGGUCGGGUUAUCGCUGGAUUUGCCAGUGAUCAGCUCCAUAAACGCCACUACCUGAGACUAUGGAUGUCGGUGCUUAUGUGCGGUACUUUAGCCCUGGGCCAGUUAGUGACAUAUACCAAUGUCGCUGACGAGUACUGGCUUAGCGUGGGACUGGCGUUAACUGGGGUAAGUUAUGGCCUUGCUUUCGGGACUUAUCCAGCAGUGAUUGCUGACCAAUUUGGUACUCGCACAUUCUCCAUCACCUGGGGUCUCACCUGUGUUGGUCCGUUUAUUACCCUUGUCAUCUUGAAUAAGUACUUUGGGUGGAUCUACGAUGCCCAUGCUGUCGAUGGCAUUUGUCGUUUAGGUAACGCCUGCUACCAACCAGUAUUCGGCGUCAGUUUUGCCCUUUGCUUUGUGAUGUUGGCCGUGGUGGGCUACGUCAUCUGGUGGCGCCGUCCCAAGACCAACUUGAACUAA